GGUGUGAAUAAAGUAGAGCGCGCCUGUGCUGCAUCCCGGGUCGGGUCGGGCUGUGCUCCAUCCUGCAGCCGGGCUCUGUCCGUUCUAUCUGGCCCGUGGGUUCACUUAAAUUGUUUGAGUACGCAGACAUGGAUCUCCAAAAGUCUCCUAAGGAAACAGUACUUAUUACAGGAGGAGGUGGCUACUUUGGUUUCCGUUUGGGUUGUACACUAUGCAAGAAGGGUAUUGCUGUGAUUCUGUUUGAUAUCAACAUUCCUAUUCAAGAUCUUCCCAAGGGGAUGCAGUUGAUAUGUGGAGAUAUUUGCUGUGUCACUGAUUUAGAGAAAGCCUUGCAAAAUGUUACUUGUGUUUUCCACGUUGCUUCCUUUGGCAUGUCUGGAAAGGAUCAAAUGAAUCAUAAGCGUAUUGAAUAUGUCAAUGUAAAAGGCACAGAAAAUGUACUCCAGGCUUGCAAAAGGAAAGCAGUACCAAGAUUGGUUUAUACAAGCACUUAUAACGUAGUGUUUGGAGGCCAAGUUAUAAUGAAUGGGGAUGAAUCUCUGCCCUACCUACCUCUUCACCUUCAUCCUGAUCACUACUCCCGCACCAAAUCUGUUGCAGAGAAAAAAGUGCUGGAGGCAAAUGGUACAGCCUUGGAAAGAGGAGUCGGUGUCCUGAGAACCUGUGUUUUGAGAUCAGCUGGUAUCUACGGGCCUGGAGAACAAAGGCAUCUUCCCAGGAUAGUGAGAUAUAUAGAAAAGGGCCUCUUCAAAUUUGUGUAUGGAGAUCCCAAAAGCUUGGUAGAUUUUGUCCAUGUGGAUAACUUGGUACAAGCCCACAUCCUGGCCUCAGAGGCAUUAAAAGCUGACAAGAAACACAUUGCCUCUGGGCAACCUUAUUUUAUCUCUGAUGGAAGACCAGUGAACAAUUUUGAAUUCUUCCGACCUUUAGUUGAAGGGUUGGGUUAUCCAUUCCCCACCUUACGCCUACCAUUAAGCCUCAUUUAUUUCAUUGCUUUCAUGACAGAGAUGGUCCAUUUCCUCUUAGGCAGGUUUUAUAAUUUCCAGCCUUUCCUCACCCGAACAGAAGUCUAUAAAACUGGGGUCACACACUAUUUCAGCAUGGAGAAGGCUAAGAAGGAACUGGGUUAUGAACCACAGCCAUUUGACUUCAAGGAAGUGGUAGAUUGGUUCAAAGCUGAGGGUCAUGGUAGAAAAUUCCAAAACUACACCUUGAAGCAUCUCAUUUGGAAUGGCAUUUUGGUUUUCCUCCUAGCUGUUGCAGUUCUCACAUGGUUUUCUAAUGUUUAUGGUGAUGUCAGUUUGAAAGAUUCAUUUUGAAAAUUAUUUUGUGGAGAACAAGGAAUUUCCACAGAUAGUACAUCUCUGUUAUUCCACAAGCAGAUUCUAGAAUGCACAUACUCUUUAAAACAAGUGGCCAAAUUUAUGACUCCAACAACUGAUCAAGAAUAGCCUUUUAUACAUUAGAUUCUAUCUAGUCUUCAAUUAUCCCUCCUAACUCAGAAUGAUGUCUGAUGGAAGAAAGGAAUGAAAGACAAGUUUGAAAUUGUGUUUUGUUUUGUUUUCAUUACUUCUUUUGAAGCUAUGGAUUAGGGGAAAUAAAGUCUUCUCAAAAUUUGUG